UAAGACUUCUCAUCAAACAUCUUUUUCAAACGCCAUCGCAAACCGAUCUCCGCCGCCGCCGCGAAAACGAAAAUCCAUUCGUCGACGAGAGAGGGCAAAGAUCUGCACAGCAAUAAAACCCCCGUUUGACGAAGAAAGCGAUAAGCAGUAAAACCAGCAGAAUACCAACGAUGUCGAUGGAAGUGGAUACCGGUUUUGUGGUGAAUGAUACCAGCUCGCUCCUGCCGGGCGGUGGCUUCACCAAAGCCUACUCCAACAAUCUACCGAGCGUCGGCAGCGAAAUGGUGUGGAAUUACGUCGUCCAGCUGAUGCGGUCUGCCAGCGAGAAUCCCGAUCUGAUCAAGAUUCUCCAAGCGAUUGGAUCCAGCAAACCGGAUUUCAACGAUGAUUCCAUCUGUUACGUUCACCUCAAACGAGAUGACCGGGUUUGCGUGGUGAAAGGACAACUCACCAUCGGAUCCAGUGGUGGCGAAGUCAAAAUCUACCAGCUGACAGCCACAGUGGACGAGAGCGAGGACCGGAUCGUUUCGGUGGAAUGUAGCGAAUGUAUGGAAACUGGGGAUUGUAGACAUGCGAUUAGCUUUGUUACGUGGUUGCACAGAAAAAGCGAAGGGGACGAAAGUAGCGAAGUGGUCUGUUACUUCCGAGGUCCACUGUCGGCCGAACUUGAAAGCAUUCCUCCGAAGCCUCCGCUCAACAAGACAAAAGCAAAGAAUUUCAUUCGGGAAAUUGUGCGCAUUCUACAGACUGAGGACAUUGAUUGUCCACUGCGAUGGAACUUCCCCGGGCCGCACAAGAAGUUCAACAAUAUGUCCAUCCACGAGUUGAUUCUGAUGGCCGUAAGGAACAAGUUUGACACAGCGCAGUUCUUCGAGGCCGCCCACCAGGUCAUUACGGCAGGUCAAAGCGCCUUAGCAGAUAAAACUAAAUUCACCCCCAAGUGCAAUCCAUGGUACCUGGAAUUGCGCUACGCCCGCAUCACCAGCGCCAAAGUUUCCGACUGCAUCAAUCUGAACGUGACCCAAUCGGUUCUGUACGAAACCAUCCUCGGUUGUCACAAGGAAAUCGAUCCGAACAUCCAGCGGAAGAAGUUGGCCGUUCGCCAAAGGCUGGAAAAGUACACAAAGACCAAGUACGACAAUUGCAAGAUUACCCUCAACCCAAACUACCCAAUAAUCUUCGACGUCCCGGAUGGAAUCUGCAACUCGCACGUCAUCGAAAUCAAGUGCCCCAAGACGCGCGAUCACAUGCAGAAGUACGUCACCGAGAACGGGUCCAUCUGCGAGAAGUACUACAUGGAGAUCCAGAUCCACAUGUACAUGCAGGGCAAAACGGCCGGUGUGGUUUGCGUGGCCGAUCCGGACUUUGAGAACAACAACGAAAUCUACAUGCACUCGUUCAAUCUCAAUCGGAACUUUGCCGUCAACAAGCUGAACAAGGCGAUGGACUACUGGAAGAACAUCGUCUAUCCGGAACUGAUCAAUAGCUGGGCUGAUUAAGGGUGUAAGUUUGGCUAUUUCUUUCACAGUAGAUAAGUUUCAUUUUAGUCGACAAAAACACCAUAUUUUAUUCUUCUGAUUGAUGAUCGUAAAGAUCUUCAUUUUUUGUCUUUCUCCUAAAACACACAACACGCGCUACCCCUUUUAAUGGUUUGGUAAAGACAAUAAAUACCUAAUUAUGAGAGGCAAACGCUUUCCUUCUGAACCAGGAACUCGGACAUCCCGAUUUGCUGCAUACAAAUAUAAGAGCAAACAAUCUGA